AUGAUCAUCCUCUUACUACUCAUUCUUGGCUUCAAGCCAUUGGUCACCGCCGCCGAUCCAUUGGUGUGGCGCUGCGACUCCCAUUUCGUCAACAAAGCCUACAAAGCUAACAUUAAGCUCCUAUCUGCUGCACUAUCUAUGAGUAUCUCAUCCACACAAACUAUCUUUGCCAAGGGCUUCACCGGAACCAAACAAGACCGCGUUUAUGGCACCGUGCAGUGCCGCGGCGAUGUCAGCGCAUCUGCCUGCCCCAGCUGCAUCACCACAGCAUUCCGCAACAUUGGGUGGCCGUGCAUACUCGAAACGGUCACAGCUGUCUUAUAUGAGGACUGCAUCGUCCACAUCUCCCAGGAAGACCUUAUCUACGACUCCAGUGAUAUGCUAAAAAGGUUACUGGUCUUCACGAACACAACGGAACGCACUGUGAGUCCCAGCAUUCACUUGGAAGCGAGUCUUAUGUACAACAGCUCCCGGAUUGAUGGCAACAUCAAGGUGCUGCUCCAAGAGACAGCCAAACAGGCAGCCUACAACUCCACAAUGAUGUAUGCCACCGGCCGCCUGGAUGUCUUCAGCGCACUCCCGCUGCUCUACUCUCUGGCGCAGUGCAACCUGGACCUACCACCGAAUGAUUGCUGGGAUUGCCUCAAGAAUAUCAGCAGCGCGGCAAAGAGUUUCUUCAAAGAGCAACAUGGUGAAUGGAUUUCUGGUACGUGGUGCAAUUUCAGGUACAGCACGAAUCAGUUCUAUGAGGGCCAGCCCAUGCAGUAG